AAAGUGUUAGAGGGUACUUGUUUGUUUGAAGUUUGAAAUCUUGUUCGUCGUUUCAUCUAUUCUACAUUAUAGUACUACUCAUUCUAGACGCCGCAGCAGCCUUUGGUGAGAGUCUUUCCCUGACCAUUUUCCUCAUUGACUCCUCUUUCCUAAAUAUCCCUUCCACUGUCAUUUUCCUAAAGAAUCUACACACUUUCUUCUAUUUCCUAAUUCUGCCGUUUGUCUCCUUCUUAAGACCAAACUUUUAUCUUCUUCAAUCUUCACACCUCAAGUAAUAGGUCGUAGCAUCUCUAGUCCCAGCUCCCAUUUUAUAUGCCAACUACAGCUAAAUCUUCCAUCAUCUUUUCCCUUUCUACUGUGUUCUUUCACAACUUUUUCCUACUUAGUUUUCAUUCUCAGAAAGUUUAUAGACAAUACGAGAAAUUUCCUUUCUGGGUUUAUUCUUAAAACCCAAAAUUCUGCUUCAUUUCUUAUAACUCUGACACUUGGGUUUUAUUUGCCUUGAUAAUAUUUCUUUAGGUUUUAAUUUCAGUUGUCAGAUCCUAAUUAAAACUUAAUAAUCUUCCAUUAUUCCUUUUUCGCCCUUUGUUGCUUGUAGCAGCACCGGCGAAAAAUCCCAGUUUGUUCUUGUUUCUGGUUCUUAAAAUAGUUGUCUGAAAAUGGAAGAUGCUUCACACACCCCUGGUAAAAUAGACGAGUCAGGUAUGUUUGAGCUCACUGGAAAGAUAAUGGUGGUAGCUAUUGUACUUAUCUUACUUGUGAUAGUCUUCGUUUUCUUAUUCCACCUUUACUCAAAAUGGUUCUGGAACCGCCGCCGUCAAGUAGACGGUGGCAACCCUAACGCCAGCACACGGCGGCGGCGCGGCUUCAACUUUUCUUCGGCCAGUCAUCAUCAAGAAGUGAAUAAUGUUACAUCCGCUCUCCGCCGGGGCCUGGACCCCACACUCCUAAAAACUAUUCCCGUAGUUUUAUUCAAUCCUAAAGAAUUCAAAGAUGGAUUAGAAUGUGCUGUUUGUCUUUGUGAUGUAUCUGAAGGUGAAAAGGCAAGACUUUUACCUAAAUGUAAUCAUGGAUUUCAUGUGGAUUGUAUUGAUAUGUGGUUUCAAUCUCAUUCCACUUGCCCUCUUUGUAGAAAUCCUGUUUCCAAUAUAUCUUCUGAUGAUCAGAAUCCCACCUCUGCUGUGGAAGAAGAGAAUUCAGUUUCUAUAGAGGUGGCAAAUUUCCCAACUAAUAUCUUGUUUUGGGGAAAUGAGACUCAAGUGAGCAGUUUGGAGGACUCUUUACAAGGUCCUAAUUCUUCUUCUUCUCACGCGCCUUGUCCUCCACCACCACCACCACCAUCAUCAUUGUCGUCGUCAUUUGCCUCUACGAGUGAUAGGCGUUGUGUAGCAUUGGUAAUUGAUAUUCCUAACCAGACAAAUGAAGCAGAAGAUGAACAGAAAUCUCCAAUAAUGUCCACAAGAUUGAGGUCUUUGAAAAGGCUCUUGAGUAGGGAUAGAAGGGUUAAUCCUUCUAGUCCCGGAAUUGUGGAUGUAGAACAAGGAGGCAGAGGCCAGAGCUAGUAAGAAUUCAUAUUUUUCGAUCGGUAGUUUCUGGUGCUUGCUAUAGAAUGGUAUCUCCAGAACUCUCAUUCACUUGUUCAAAGUUUUUGAUUCUUGAUGCAGAUGUAAAGGUUGAAACAUUCAUCUGCAUAUAGGCAGGGAAUAUAUUGUAUAUGUGUAAACAAUGCAGUGGGCUUCUCUGUUUGAGAAUGGAGCAAUCUUUCUCUUACAGAAGAGUAUUUUCAGUUAUUUCGAUGACUGUUAGUUUUCUUAUAUUUUCUGGCUGCUACAA